AUGCCCCCUGAGGCAAAGGAUGAUGACGAUCUUCUAGACAAGCCAGCACUUGCUAGGGCCGACAAAAAAGCAAUUUACAAGAUGGCCGAACUCGCUCAUCGGCUUGGGUUCAAGUCUCCAGAAAUCAAUGCUAUUAUAGACAGUUCGCCGGACUAUCAACUUGCACGGGCUGCUCUCCUACAGGCCAGAAAACCUUAUAAGUUCCGGUACAACCCUCAGCAGUUCAAUAACUUGGUCAAACAAAUUGUAGACUGCUUCACCAUAGCGGAAUCAUAUCAGCCCGAGAUCAUAACUGAUCUUCUUGCGGAUAGUACCAUAAAGCCCCGGGUUCGCUGCGGGAUUCCACAAACACGGGCCCAUAAGCAAAAUAGUCCUUUGCUCUUUCUGGACCUUUUGCAGACUGAGAAUACAGGAAUUUCCAACACCAUUACUAGCCUUUUUGUCCGCCGCUGUGUCUAUAUCGCCUUUUUGGGAACCCCGCUCGAUCAGGAAACACCGAGAACGAUCAAAGCAAAGGGAUCUCCGGAGACCAUGCACAGUCACCACUUCUCGUCGAAGAAAAUGCUCCAGCAGCUGAGCUUGAUUCCGCUCUGCAAAUGCCACCAGAGAUGUCACCCCGACAAGAACGAGAAGAGACACAGCGGCAGCGGGCCCGCAAAAAUCGGGAGCGACGCCUUCUAUAUCACCUGCAAGCGCUGA